CUCUGGUGUAAAGUUUAUUUCUGAUGGACUGAAGAGUCCAAACUGUCAGCUGCAGAUACUGAGGUUGUCUGGCUGUAUGGUGACAGAGGAAGGCUGUGGUUAUUUGUCUUCAGCUAUGAGUUCAAAGCCCUCACACCUGAGAGAGCUGGAUCUGAGCUACAAUCACCCAGGACAAUCAGGAGUCCACCUGCUCAAACACAAACUGCAGGAUCCAAACUAUAAACUGCAGAUACUCAAUGUGGAUCAUGGAGGAGAGAAGAUGAUGAGAGCAGGACUACGAAAGUAUGCCUGUGAUCUCACACUGGAUCCAAACACAGCAAACACUGAACUCGUUCUGUCUGAUGAGAACAAGAAGAUCACAUUAGUGAAAGAUUGUCAGCCGUAUGCUGAUCAUCCAGAGAGAUUUGAUGAUGCUCAUCAGGUUCUGAGUGUUGAGAGUCUGACUGGACGCUGUUACUGGGAGACUGAAUGGAGCGGAGAUAGUGCUGUAAUAUCAGUGUCAUAUAAAGGAAUCAACAGGAAAGGAGGAGGGAGUGACUGUGUGUUUGGAUACAAUGACAAAUCCUGGAGUCUGUUCUGCUCUGAUAACAGAUUCACUGUCCGUCACAAUUAUAACAGAACGGAUAUUCCUGCUGUCCGUUCAUCCUGUAAGAGAGUAGGAGUGUAUGUGGACGUGUCGGCCGGCUCUCUGUCCUUCUACUGCGUCUCUGACACACACACACACUCACACUUACACACACACACCCUCACACACUUACACACACUCAACACCACAUUCACUGAACCCCUCUAUGCUGGAUUUAGGGUUUACAAUGAUUCCUCCGUGUCUUUGUGCACUGAAAAAAAGAAGUAAAUUUACUUAAUUUUGAUUUGGCAAGUUUUUGCACAAGCAUUUUUCAAGUAAAUUUACACAUUUGGAAAUUAAGUAAAUCUAAGUUAAGUAAAAAUAAAAAAACUAAUAAGUACAUGUAACUUGACCUGUUAAAUUUUAUUGAGUAAAUUUAAAUUAAGGCAUUUAGCAGACACUUUUAUCCAAAGCGUCUUACAGUGCAUUCAGGCUGACAAUCUUCACCUAUCAUGUGUUCCCGGGGAAUCGAACACAAAACCUUGCGCUUCCUAAUGCAAUGUUCUUCCACUGAGCUACAGGAACACUUCAAGAGUCUGUGAAAAAUAAGUGCACAUUUCACUUACUUACUUUUUUAUUUUGGAAAAAGGAAUUAGGAAAAGUUUUUACACUAAUAAAAAAACCUGAGAUUCUA